AUGGAGAAAUCUGGGCCAGGAUUCCUGGCCAAUCACACAACUCCAAAUGAUACAUCGAGCCAUUGGAGACCCACAAAGCCUACCCUACCAAGCAUGGAGGAGGUCAUCCACUCAGAGUCCCAAAUUAAACAUCUAGUGGGGUUAUUUGGCAUGGUGACCCUUAACCUUGCAGCCCUGCUUGGCAACACUGGAGUUAUUUUGGCCAUUGCCCGAGCUCCACACACGAAGAAAUAUGCAUUUGUGUGCCAUCUUUGUGCAGUGGAUUUGCUCUGUGCCAUAUUACUGAUGCCUCUUGGAAUAGUAUCGAGCUCUCCGUUCUUCAGUACUGUGACAUUUACAGUCCUGGAGUGCCAAGUCUACAUCUUUCUCAAUGUGUUUCUGGUCUGUGCCUCUAUUCUUACUGUAACUGCCAUUAGUGUGGAACGUUACUAUUACAUUGUUCAUCCUAUGCGCUAUGAGGUAAAGAUGACGAUACACUUGGCUGUUGGAGUCAUGGUAUUAAUUUGGGUGAAAUCUUUGCUUUUAGCGCUUGUUACCUUACUCGGUUGGCCAGCAUAUGGGAAUCAAAGCUCCAUUGCAGCUACCCAUUGCUCUCUGCACUGGAGUCAUAGUCGUCUCAGGAAAGUGUUUGCCAUUCUCUUCAGUAUGAUUUGUUUUCUAGUUCCUGCAGUCGUGAUUUUUGCUGUAUACUGUAGCGUCUACAAGGUGGCACGCUCAGCCGCAAGACAGCAUGUUCCCAUGGCCCCCUGGCCCUCUAAUCCAGCUAAGUGUCGCUCAGAUUCCAUUAACAGUCAGACUACCAUCAUUACUACUACACGGAGUCUGCCUCAGAGACUGUCCCCUGAGAGGGUAUUUGGAGGAGGAAAGGCUGCCCUCACACUUGUAGUCAUUGUGGGGCAGUUCCUGCUUUGCUGGCUUCCAUACUUCUGCUUCCACCUUCACAUGUCCAUCACAGCACCACUCCAGAGUCCAGGAGAUGUAGAGGAGAUUGUCACCUGGUUGGCAUACUCCUCAUUCGCAGUGAACCCAUUUUUCUAUGGACUGCUCAAUAGGCAGAUUCGAGAGGAACUCAUAAAGCUGAGGAAGUGCUGUAGAUCCAACAGACCUGUGGAAUUUGGAGGCUCUAGUCAUGAAGGCUCCAUCCAGGAGAACUUCCUGCAGUUCCUGCAGAGGACCAGCAUCAAGACUGAGACCACCAGGUCCAGCUGCGCCAAGUCCAGUCCCAGAAAUACCCUGGACCAUGGUGCCAGGAUACCUGGACAGAUCCCAGAGGAGUGACUAAGACUCUGAACAUGUGCAUUUUCUCAUGUCAUAUCAUGGUAUAAAAAACAUGGUCUCUGUUCUAGAAGUGUUACAUUUAAA